AUGACAAGGUGGUCUCCUACUACAAUAAUUACGGAGGUCAAGGCACUAUUGACUAUUAUUCACCCGGCAUAUUUUGUUCCCAAGGGUUGGACUACAGCUGGUACGUUAGCACAUGGCAACAAGACAGGUUCUGUCGAGAGGAGCGGUGUCUUCACGGAGACGACAAGUACGUUGCCAGGCGUGACUGUUGUUGAUCCGAAUAUGCCGCUUGAACAAGUGUGGUUUAAUGCACUGGGUCCCUCUGAGACGCUUGCGUAUUGCUGCCCUAGUGGCUGGGUUGCUGCAAAGGAAGAAGGCUGCUUCUCGUCAAUCAAGCCCUUGAAAUCAGCAACAUACACAGAAGCCUGCUUUAGAUACCGACCGCCAAGCGCGAUGCGUUCCGUCUACACGGUCGAGGGAAGCAAGGUGUCAGAAUUCCUGUACUCAGCGGUAACGGCGGAGCCAACGUCAGCGAUUUGGCCAAUAUCGGUCUUGCAAACUCAGUCGAGAUUCAGGUAUGACGAACUUGCAGUUGCUAGACGGUUUCCUGCUGUGAAACUUGUAUACAAGGAGUCGGAUCUGAAGCCAACUGGGGGUGGAGAUGAAAGUAACGACGGAGAUAAUAGCGAUGAUGACGAAAAAGACGAUGAAGAGGAAGAGGACGAAGAGGACGAUGAUAACGGAGCCUCCAGUCUGUUGAGAAAUGGGGGGCUUUUCUCUAUUUUUGCGGUGCUGUUCAGUAUGCUUGUUGGCGCUGGCUUAGUGAUGUUUUAG